CAUCUUGUGCAGUGUAACCUUUCUCCACGUUCUUUUUCUAUUGGAAGUGACGUCAUACACAUGGCCGAUGCAUUACUUUGCAGAAAAGUGAAUUGUUUACAAAUUUCGUGUUUCUGAAGUCCUCUUUCAAUAUUAAGGAAAAUGAUUGUAACAUUAAAAACUCUACAGCAGCAGACCUUUAAGGUCGAAGUUGAUCCAGAACAGACGGUUAAAGAAUUGAAACAAAAGGUAGAAAAGGAAAAGGGAGCUGAUGCAUUUCCAGCAGCAGGACAGAAACUUAUAUAUGCAGGCAAAAUUCUUGAUGAUGAAAAACCUGUUGGUUUCUACAAAAUUGAGGAGAAGAACUUUGUUGUUGUUAUGGUUACAAAGCCUAAACCAGCUGCAGAUUCGACAGUCAUAGCAUCUGUUCCCACCCCUGCUGCACCCACAAGGGCUGCCCCUGCCCCUUCCCCACAGCCAGCACCUCCUUCAGCUGUAGAACCCACAAAAACAGAGUCGGUGUCAGAGCCACCAUCAAACACAUCUAGUUCAACAGAUGCCAGUUCAGACCCUUCAGUAUCAGAAUCAAACCUAACACAAGCGUCAGACACAACGGCCUCGGGAUCUGACAUCAGUACUGCUAGUGCAGAGAGUGCCCUUGUCACUGGGCAAAUGUACGAGGAUGCAGUGGCAAACAUCGUUGCAAUGGGGUUCGCACGAUCUGAAGUCCAGAGGGCCAUGAGGGCAAGCUUUAAUAAUCCUGACCGGGCAGUUGAAUAUCUCUUUAAUGGAAUCCCAGAAUUGCCCCGUGAGGAGCCUCCCCCUGCCCCCACUGGAGAUGCCCCCACUCCCCCAAGACCUGCAGCACCUGUGGCGGCUCCAGCGGCAGGAACCGGCGCCCGGACUGGGGCCCCUCCUGCGAGUGGUACUGCAUCUGCUGGCUCCCCGGGCCAGCUGACUGGGCCUCCCCCUGGGGCCCAGCUUUCCGGCGAGGAGACCCUGGCGUUCCUACGCAACCAGCCCCAGUUCCAGCACAUGAGGAACCUCCUGCAACAGAACCCCUCCCUGCUCCCUGAGCUCUUGCAGCAGAUUGGCAGAUCUAACCCCACACUCCUACAGUUGAUAAGUCAGAACCAGGAGCAGUUUAUUUCGAUGUUGAAUGAGCAGGGUGGGGAAAGUGUAGCUGGUGGACAGGGCCGAACACCCGGGGAGGGGGUGAUACACGUUACACAGGAGGAAAAGGAGGCUAUAGACAGGUUAAAAGCACUGGGAUUUCCAGAAGGCCUGUGUAUUCAAGCAUAUUUUGCAUGUGAAAAAAAUGAAGAACUCGCUGCUAACUACCUUUUAAGCCAUGGUUUUGAUGACGAUGACUCUUGAGUGUAUUUAUUUGUGACAUUUAAUUAAACAUUUGUUAUAAUACAAAUAUUAAAAUCUGUUGCCAAUGU